GUGGUGUUCUGGUGGUGUUCCGGCGGUGUUCCGGUGGUGUUCCGGUGUUCCGGUAGUCAGUGUUUUACUACAUGCCAGUUUUUGCGGCUGUGUGAAUCGGGUGAAGAAAUACAAGAUGGCGGCGAAAAUGAACAGCGAACAAGAAAAUGUUAUUUUGGAAAAGAAAUUACAGCGAAAGUUGUGUAGUUUCCUGGAUGAAAAUUUUCCUGAAGACUUGUCCAAUGUUAGGCAAUGUCUUGAAAAGAUGGAAAAAGAAAGAGACGCGUUGGAAAAGCAGGUUGAAUUUUUUUAAAGAAUUGUUUUUUUUAUAUAAUAUUGCAACUUUUAAAUGUAUUAUCGUUAAUACAUAAUUUUUACGUGUUUGAAAAAAUUACAAAAGGACAUGAAUAUUAAUAUCUCAAAUAUGCUGGUUUAUGUAGUGUGUAUUUCCACUUCAUCUGUUUAAUUGAAAUAAAAAACACGUGGACAUUGAUGCUCAGGGCCAUUCCAUUUAAUAUACACACCCCCCUGUGGACGAAAAUUUCUGAGGGGGGUUGAAAAAGCCGUUUCUGAGGGGUUGUGUGCAUCGGCAUCCUUUGAUCUUUGCGUUUUUUCCGAGGGGUAAGGCAAAAAUUUCUUAAUUUCUGGAGGGGUGUUUGUGUCGGCACUUUGAUCUUUUUUUCUUAGGGGUUCAAAUUUUAUUGACUUCGUCCACAGGGGGGGUGUAUAUUAAAUGGAAUGGCCCUCUGUUAUAUAGAAAUAAUUAUAUAUUAAAAUUGCAUGUUAGUUGAUGAAAUAUAUAUCAAGUAUAUCAUAUUGUGCUCCAUUUUAUUAUUUAAGUAUCUUAUUAUUACUUUGUGUAUUUAAAUAAUGCCCAAAAAUUUUGUGGGUUUGACUUGCUCGCCCCCCCCCCCCAACGGGAAAGUUUGGAAAUUGCGCAACUGAGAUUUGAUAUGGAAAGCAUCAAAAUUGCAUACCUGAUAUCUCGGUUGCGCCAUACAAACUUUCCACACUCCCCCCCAGAAUUUUCAGCAUCCCUCCCCUGCUGAGCAAAAUCUUAAAAUCCAUCUGAUCCUACAAGAGUCACAAAGGUAAUCCCAUAGGUGAAGCUAGGAUGGAAAAUUAGUUUCUAAGUUACGUAUAUAAUUUAUUUUAGUUGGCAAUAUCCGAACCCAAUAAAGACAUCGCCCCUCUAUGUGUUGGCAAGACAAUCGAAGAUGCAAAUUUAGUGUUAGGGAAUGUGGAUAAGAUUCAGUGUAAUUUAGGAGAACUGAACGACUGUUUUGAUGAACAUAAUGGCAAGGUUGAUAAUGUGAUAAAACAAUUGGACAGUUUGAAUAAAACUGUGAACGAACUGGAGAAUUUAACGAGUUAUAUCAAGUGGUUACAGAGAGUUGAAGACCUGAGGUACUUUAGCACAGCCUUAUAGCUACACAGAUUUCCAACAGAUAGCUCUAUCAGUUCUAAACACUUCUACUCAGAGGUCCAGUAAGGUGAAUUCCUUAUUAUUCCGGGAAGUAGCCGAAAAUUGGUGGAUCAAAUUUGAAAUUUGUGAGUCAAAACUAGCAUGGCCUACAAUUUUCGAAAUUGAAUGUAGGUCAGAAAAAAUUCUUAAUUCCCCAAAUCACUAAAUUCUGCAGAUAGAUAAGAGAUUUUAAUUAUAUUUUUUUAAAUAAGUACUUAUAAAGACACAAGUGGAAUCACUAUAAAUUACUAAAUCAUGUUUUUUGUCAUGUUUAUAGCACUAUAAUUCAUCAAGGUUUGGAGACAGGGUCACUGAAGAAUGCUAUAUCAGAACUUUUGUCCAUGAAAAAACUUCUGGAUAAUCUGCAAGGAACAUCGUGCCAGUAUCUGAGCAAGUUUCUAGUCGACACUUUAAAAUAUUGGAAUAAAAUUGUUGUGGAAAAACUUUCCAAGUAAUGUAGAAUAUUAAACAUCGUACUGCCCAGAUUUUUAGUUGAUAUAUAAUUUGUAUCAUUCAAUGAUUGCAUGCUUCUUUCUAGGGAAUUUGACGAAGUUCUCAAAGUUUUAAAAUGGCCAUUUACUUCAGGCUCUACAGCUCCAUCAUUGGCAGCAAAUUCAAAUGUUUUUCAAACACUAGAAAGUCUCUUUUUAUUGUUACUGCAAGUUUCAGAAAUGUAUCCUUUUGCAUCACCAUACAAACAAGCCUGCCAAGAACCCAAUACGAUCUAGCUCUUCCAUUCUCUCGCAAUUUUAGUUUUAGUGUGUUUAGUAAUAGAGUAAAUAAUGAGUAUAUAUGAAUUUCUUGACAACUUGACAGCGAGGCUCUGGCAACAAGCAAUGGAGAGAGAACAGGAAUUAUAUCCCUUCCGAUGGAGUUGUUAUUACGACCGUUAAGAAAGAGAUUUCAGUAUCAUUUUUAUGGUAAAAGACAAACGAACAGCUUGGAGAAGGUAGAGUAUAAGUACAUUAGGUUUCAUCUUUGUUGGUAUUUGUGAUUGGAUAUUUAUGAUGGUGUUGUAGUGGUGGGGGUGAUGCUGGUAAUUGUGACAAUUGUGGUGAUAGUGAUGAUGAGGUGAUGGUAGUGAUGGUGAUGGUGGUGAUGAUGGUGGUAGUCAUGGUAAUGACGAUGAUGGUGAUGGUUAUGAUUACUGUAUUUCCAGCCUGAAUGGUUCUACACCCAAAUUCUCAACUGGUUAAGAGAUCAUGAAGAUUUCUUGGACUCGACAAUUCAACCAAUCAUUGAUAAAUCUGAAUUGGCUUGGAGAUCUGCCCAGGUACUUUGAUGAAUUGACAUGUACAUAAUCUUCCUAAAGUGUAUCUUAUAAUAAAUUUUCACUAGAUUUUAAUCCAGUAAAAAAUUUGUACGAUAAGCCACGAGUCAUUCCCACCAAGAAUCAUGGUUACAAGCGUCAUAUAGAAGCAUAUAACACAUGCCUUAUCGUAUGCUUGGUAUUUUUCAGGAUCAAUUUACAGAAGGCCUUCUUCAGGUUGUGGUAGAAAAAAUGAACCAUAGCAUUCCGUUAGUGUUAGACAAUGAAGCAGUGUUCUCACAUUUUGUUGACGAAACUUUGCUGUUUGACAAAGAGUUGAGGAAUACUUAUGAUCUCUCGCAAGUGAACAGCAGUUGUCUUCAAGUGUUGGUCAAACAACCUUGCUUCGCCAAGUGGGUGACACUGGAAAAGAAAUGUAAGUUUGGAAGGGUUAUUUAAACCAGUAACCAUUAAGGUCCAUACACACUGGACGCGAUUCGACAACGCGACGCGAUUUUUUAGUUUUUGAAAGUUAAUAAAACAGCCAAUGAGGGCAAAUUUUGAAUGAUAUGUACAGGGUGUUAGCCAGAAGUAAAAAGAAUCCGCGUUCACCUGAAAUUAGGAAAUUUAUUUUAUCCUGAAGCCAGGGUUGCCCCCUCUCGAUUUUUAAAAUUUUUGUGUCUUUGAAAUGGCAUUUCCCGCAUUUUGGGAGUAAUUUUGAGCAAAUGUAGUUAUAAACAUGUUUUUAAUGGCGUAUUAACAACAUCGAAUUUCUAUAACUAUUUUUUGACUGACCCAAAUUGGGAAAUUGCGACCUCAAGGUAAUUGGGAAAACCGCGUUUAACGCGGAAUUUUUGACUGUAGCUAACACCCUGAUGUAGACCAAAUAAUUCAAAAUGUUAUACCACUUCUAAAUAUUUGGAAAAUUCAAACUAGAAUCAAAGUUAUCGGUCAGUGAAAAUCGAAAAAUCGCGUCGCGUUGUCGAAUCGCGUCCGGUGUGUCUGGACCUUUAGUGUCACGCAGUGGCGAAGCCAGCCCAGCAAUUUGGUGACAUGCUAAGCAAAUAUUUCCGUAUUCAUAGACCAUGAAAACAAUCACUUUCUAAAGAAAUGCAUGAUGAUGAUUUAAAAUUUGCAUAGCAUGACCAAAUUGUUGGUGGGCUUCGCCACUGGUGUCACGUCUUUCAUGUUCUGUCAGACAUAUAGAAAAUGUGUAUAAUUAGCAGAGCAUACAGACUCAGAGUUCAUAACCUCAAUUUAAUUCAUUUCAAUACAGGCAGAAACCUUAAACAUUUCUUACAGAAUAAAUUUCAGACAAUGCGCGUACAAAGUACCGCUUGGUGCCAGAGGUUCUUCCCCGCCUGUAUUUUGGGAUAAAGAGGGAUACACGAGGAUGCGAACAUAUCCCCUAUUAUCCCCCUGCGAGCGAAGGUGUACAAAGGUACACAAGUGGUUUGUAUAUGUCCUUGCAAUAUUUGUUGCAGACGCAAUGGAAAAUAUUCAGUCGUUGCUAUCAUCUGAGAAGGCCUGGAGCCCAAGAUACGAAGACGCGGCUGACGUUGAUGACCUCAAGGUUCCGGAGUGUGUUGAGACUUUUGUUUCACUUCUAGUUGGCAUAACAGGUAUGGUGUGAAAGCCCGUGUCAAACAAGAAUGAGAGUUGAUCAAGUCCAACUUGACUCAAUGGACCAUUUGCAUUAUAGACUAAAUUUUGAUCUAGACAAAAAUUUCAUCACAGCUUGAAAGAGCAUCACAAAAUUAGUAAUAUUCCGAAGUUUCGUUGCGAAAUGUUGUAAAAUGCGGAUAAUAUAGCUUUGCGAAGUUUGCCGUUUUUCAGUCAUUUUGUAUUACACACGGGAAAUUGACAGCCCAAUCGGGUGUUGGGGCAUCAAUUUCCCGUUUGUAAUACAAAAUGACUGAAAAUUGCAAAUUUUGCAAGGCUAUAUUAUCCUCAUUUUACAACAUUUCGCAACGAAACUUUGGAAUAUUACUAAUUUUGUGAUGCUCUUUCAAGCUGUGAUGAAAUUUUUGUCUAGACUUGUUUAGAUCAAAACAUUUAGUCUAUAAUGCAAAUGGUCCAUUACAGAGCAUUGGACUAGUAUCCCAAAGGUCGCGAUUCCCACCGUGGUCAGGCAAACUUUUCAGCUUGCCCGGUGUGGACGCACACUCAGAGUAACAUCACAAACAACUUAACAACUUUCAUCAAUUCUCGUCGACAUUUGAACCAGUUCAAAGUUGAUGAGGGUGCAGGACAGUCGAUGUGAAUUGGCGCUCAAACGCGCGAUCGUCAACGGACGUGUUUAUGUACCAUUUAUGUACCAAAACACGCACUGCAAAAGUUUUAAGAGGUAAUUUUUUUCAAUGUCACGUAUUUGCAAUGAAAAGUGUUCAAACUAGCCUAAAAUCUUUUUGGCGUUCCUCUCAAAAUUACUUUGUAUAAAACAUUCUCUAGUUUAAGAGUUAGCUACCUUUUUAAAUGCAUCUGGCGGUCGAGAAACAUAAAAUAAUAGCUAAAAAUUGUCAAUUAAAAUACAAUUAUCAAUGAUGCUUUAAAGUUGACGCCAUAUCUACAGCCAUAUAAGCAAAACUUACUGAACUUCAGACAUUAUUUUCUCUUUGGUGUAUCAUCUAAAAUCUCUUCAUUUUAGAAUUAUUUUACAGAUAAAGCACUAAACAUACUUUUUAAGUUUGCUUACCGAUUGAGAAACGUAUCGAAAACUAAAAAUUUUGAAUUUAGUCAUAACCACAAGUGAUAUAUUAUACGCAUUAGUUUUGAGCGCGUGUUACGUAACAUACGAAAAAAUCUCCCCUUAAAUUGCUUCAAAAACGAUCGAUCUUACUAGUUCAUUGGCGAAGUCAUUUUCAAAAAAUACGUUGUCGAGAAAAUCAAAGUUAAAGUUUAUGUAAAUCAAGGGAAAUCUCUAUCAUAUAAUUAAAGAUACGACACGCUUACGAUUUUUCUAGUUUUAUGUUUUCCUCAUGAAUUAUUAAUGACUUUUUUAAAUAAAUAUCGAAACCUAUGCACAUAUAUGUUUAGAUCGCUACAAGUACAUGCCCGGUGAAGAAAAUCAAAUUUCAUUUGUGAAUAUCCAGCUUGAUCUUCUCUAUUUCUUCACUGCAAGCCUCGAUGAGAUAAAGAAUGAAGGUGAUCCUGUGACCCCUUGCUUUCUCUUCAUCAUCAACAGCACAAACUAUCUGGCUACAAUUCUACAAGAUUGGUCUGAACAAGCGGUGAGUUUUGCAACUUCAAUGUCGAUAGUUUUAUCGUAAUUUUCUGUAAACUGUUUUCCCCAGAGGUCCAGAAGACCCACCCGCAGGGGCGGCGCUAGAGGGGGUGACGCCAAAUUUAAAUUUAAAUGCAAAACUAAUUGUCGAUUUCAAAUCAGUUUUCAAUGCGCGGUUCCCAAGUUCGUUGCAAACUUGCCAAUUGCGUUUCCAAAUUCAAAAAUUGGGCGUGAACUUCGCAACAAAGUUCGCAAGUACAUUUCAAUGUUUCAACUAUUGUAAACAAAUGUUCAUAGUUCAGGUUGAAAUUAACAAUUCAAUGGAAAGUUCUUGGUCCAGUGGGGCUACCAAGAAGGUUUGUAUUUUCAUUCAAUUGGUUAUUAUUAUUGAGUAUGAACAUUUGUUUACAAACGAAGUUCAAACAUUGAAAUGAACUUGCGAACUUUGUUGCGAAGUUCGCACCCAAUUUCCGAACUUAGAAACGUAAUUGGCAAGUUCGCAACGAACUUGGGAAUCGCACGUUGAAAAGUGACUUGUAAUCGACAAUAAUUUUGAAAAUAUUUUGAAAAUGUGUUCUUUCGAGUCUUUAAUAGCGGGUAAUUUAAAAAUUCAAGUCAGCCCAACAUCCUAUAUAAAUGCUGACGAGUUGGGUUUUGACAGCGGUCGUGGCUGAAAACAGUAAGUUGUGGAUGGUUAGGAUCAAUCUCGAUCCCACAGCCUGAUUUCCUGUUCGCAGGCUAGGAAAUACUAGGGUUAGGAUCAGUUUUAGUCGUUGAGGUAGUCAUUUGAAAUCUUCCCAAAACGAAGAAAAUGCCAUUCAACAUUUUCGGGGUAGCAUGCCCCUGGACCCUGGGCAGUUAAAAUCUGACAGUUUCCACUCCCUCUUCCUCCCCCCUCCUAUACCUAUGCUCUGGGGGUAAAGAAAGAGCCAUCCUGCAUGUGCUUCAUUGUUGCUAAAAGAGGAUGCUUAUACUAAACUCAAGCUGGAAGUACUAAUCUCAUUCCUAUGAAAUAGUAUCUUUUUACAAUCACAGAUGUUUCUUAAACUGCACUACAUUAAAACACAAAUUGCUAAGAAGAAACGGAGCGAUCCAAGUGAAAUAACGUCGGAAAACUCGACAACAGAUGAACCUAAUAUUCGUAAUAUUGAUGAUUUUGGUGAAAACGGAACGCUAUUUGAAGAAGCCAUCCAGCAGCUUCGUACAUUACAGAAUAAUAUGAUGGCUGUUUUGGUGAAACAUGUUGCUGUGGAGUUUAAAAUGAAAAGCGAUUCGUACAAGAAAGAAAGGUAAAAGUUCUAAAACACUUGGACGUGUUAAUAGGUCUUCCGUCAAGAAGUUGGUAACAAUAAAGAGUGCUUAAAAAUCUCACAUCUUUUAGCAAUUCUGCCAACAAGCCGUCAACAAGUUUUGUUCGUACUGCUUGUCCCAGAUGUCAACAAAUUUGGAACAAGCUGUUACAACUUGUAACAACCUUGUUGAUAUCAUCAGACUUGUUGCAAGAUUGUUCCAACAAGUCCGAUACAGUCGCGAUAUAAGAAUAUUGCUACAACCUUGUGUCGUCAACCUUGUAACAUUCUUGUUAUAUCAUGACUGUAUCAGACUUGUUAGAACAACCUUGUAACAAGUCUGAUAAUGCCAUCAAGCUUGUUACAAGUUGUUAGCAGCUUAUUCCAAACUUGUUCCAGCAACUGGGAACAAGCAGUGCGAACACAAUUUGUCGACAGCUUGUGAACUUAAUAGAGAGGUUAAGAUUGACGUUUACGGCAGACCGCUAACCGCUAAUUUCAAGUCGUAUUUUGAGAUCAACUGUAAGCUGUUCGAAGUUAGGACAAUUUGUGCAUUAAAAUUGAAGAAUGAAUUGGCUAAAAACCUGUCGAAACCUUCGGAAACUUGUAGAACUUUCAUUCAAAUGUGAAUUGAAGUUUCCCGUUUGCGAUUACCAGUUUGCCGUAAACGUCAAUCUUAACCUCUCUGAUAUAAAUGACUUCGACUUGUGACAAGUAGAACAGAACCGCCAGUAUUCUUAAAAAAACAUAUUUUUCUUUCAAGUUGGCAUAGUCUUCCUUCACAAAAAGAGCUCGCUAUAACCAGCCUUUCCUCGUCUUUAUGUGACAUGAUAGUCUAUCUCCGAGAUAUACUGGGCAAGUUGAAACAAGAAUUGGUCGACUGCUUAUUUACUUGUUUUUGGAAACAACUGGCGGAAGACUUAUCAGAAUUUCUUUUUGAUGAGGU